UGGCCUAAAACCUCAUAUCGGCCGCAGUCCAUUAGGGUUUUGAGCUCUGAACCUCAAAGUUCAAGCAUAAGCCCAUCUUCUUCUCCUUCUCCCUCCAGAAUUUUUUCUUGAAUUACGAUUAAAAAAUAAUCAUAAACGAUAAAGUAUAAACCCUAAACCCUGCUUUAGAUACAGAGGUUUUUGUUUCACCAUUGGUUUGCGACGUCAGUUGUUCUAAAAAUUCUUGAUGGGAAUUAGGAAAAUCUGUCGUCAGAAGAAGGUUCCUUCACGGCAAUUCAAAUAAUGCCUUCGAGGCAAUACAGAUGACACCCUCAAAGCUUUACAAAUAACGCCUUUGAGGCAAUAAAGCUAACAGCUUAAAGGCAAUACAGAUAAAUCCUUCGAGGCCAUGCAAAUAAUGCCUCUGAGGCGAUGCAAAUAGUGUAUCAUACAAACGAUGCCUUCGAGGCUAGUGGCUACUCAAAUAACGCCUUCGAGACUACACAAAUAACUCCUUCAGGGCCAUUAAUUUAUUAUGUUAAUGAUGUUGACAAAUCAUUGUUGGACAAUUUCAAGGGCAUCACCUUUCAUUAAUUUUCAGUGACGUUCCAUGGUUUAUGCUUGAAAAAUACUCGUCUAAGCCCUUAAGCUAUAUUGCAUUACUGCUGCAUAGGGUGCUCACUAUGGACGCCCUAACUAGUCAUAAUGAGAUAGCUGAUUCAGAGGCACAACCGAAUAAGCGCAGGCGGAAGAAGUCCAUAGUUUGGGAACAUUUCACAAUUGAAACAAUUGAUGCGGACUGUACCAGGGCUUGUUGUAAGCAGUGCAAAAAGUCCUUUGCGUAUAUUAGUGGCUCAAAGUUAGCAGGCACCAGCCAUCUCAAACGGCAUAUUGCCUUGGGUAUUUGCCCGGUGAAUCGAAGCAACCAGGAGAAGAAUCAAACCCCAUAUAACCCCGCUGUGCAAACUAAUGGUUCUGCAAGUGCUACUCUUAAAUCAAGAAAGCGCUACAGAGCUACUCCAGGACCAACAAGUAUCCCAUUUGAUCAGACCCGUUGCUGCUAUGAGAUUGCAAAAAUGAUAAUUCAGCAUGACUACCCACUUGAGAUGGUGGAACACUCAGGAUUUAAUAAGUUUGUUCGAAGUCUUCAGCCAUUAUUUAGUUCAGUGAGUGUCAAUACCAUCCAAGACCACAUUUUUAACAUUUACCUGAGAGAAAAGCAAAGCCUUUUGAACAUUAUUAGUGCAAUUCCUGGACAUGUUAGCCUGACACUGGAUUUAAGAACUUCAGAUCAGAGUUUAGGCUAUGUCUUCUUAACAGGAUACUUUGUUGACUGUGAUUGGAAAUUGCAGCGGCGACUUCUCAAUGUUAUCAUGGUACCUUUUCCUGAUUCAGAAGUUGCCUUCAAUCAUGCUGUUGCCGCAUGUUUGACAGAUUGGUGUUUAGAGUCUAAGCUAUUCACUCUCACACUGGAUCGAUCCUUCGCAAAUGACAAUGUUAGAAAAAACCUGGGACAUCUACUGUCGAUCAAGGGAGGAAAUAUUCUCAAUGGUCAGCUAAUAAUUGGUAGUUGUUGUGCUCAUGUUCUGAGCCAUCUUGCACAGGAUGCGUUAGAUUCCAUGAGAGCAAUUGUUGAGAAGGUCCGCCAAAGUGUUAAGUUUGUUAAAACCGCAGAUGCCCACGAAGAAAAGUUUCUUGAGCUGAAGAGACAACUUCAAGUUCCCAGUGCAAAGGAACUUAUUGUUGAUGACCAAACAAAAUGGGAUACCACAUAUCAAAUGCUGAUGAACGCUUCUGAGCUGAAACAAGUAUUUUCUUGCUUGGAUACUUCUGAUCCUGAUUAUAAGGUGACUCCUACAAUGGCUGAGUGGAAGCAGGUUGAAAUUCUCUGUGCAUACCUGAAGCUUUUCUUUGAUGCAGCCAACAUUUUAACUUCCUCGACAUAUGCAACGGCUGAUGUGUUAUUUCAUGAAGUGUGGAAAAUUCAGCUCGACCUGAUGCAGGCAGCCCAUAGCCAGGAUCAUUUCGUAAGCAAUUUGACUAAACCAUUGCAGGAGAAGUUUGACAAAUACUGGACUGAUUGCAACCUGGUUUUAGCAGUUGCUGUUGUUAUGGAUCCUAGAUUCAAAAUGAAGAUAGUCGAGUUCACCUUUAACAAGAUCUAUGGUGAAGAAGCUGAAACUUGGAUCAAGAUUGUUGAUGAGGGAGUGCAUGAACUGUUUUGUGAUUACAUCGUGCAAUCACUUCCUCCGCCUCCGCCUAAUUUUGUGGAUGAAGCAAAUGAGAAUAUUAUAAAAUCAGAAUUCUGUCAGGAAGAUAAUUUCCUUCCUAAUGGUGAUACAUUUGCAGAUUUUGAUGUCUAUCUCCAUGACAUUAUGAACAAUCAGCAGAUGAAAACAGAGUUAGAUCAGUAUCUUGAAGAAUCUCUCAUGCCCCGUUCACAAGAUUUUGAUGUUUUGGGUUGGUGGAGAAUAAACAGAUCCAAGUACCCCACUCUCUCCAAAAUGGCAUCUGAUAUUUUAUCCAUCCCCGUCUGCACAGUAACUCUAGAUUCUGUGUUCGACACUACACCGCGAAAUUUGGACAGCCACCGUAGUUCUUUGAGACCCAUAACUCUUGAGGCUCUCAGUUGUGCAAAGGAUUGGCUCCAAUAUGAAUCUUGGGAGCUCCCAUCCGGAGUCCCAGCAUCAAUGGUUAAAAUGGAGUAUUAGCUUUGUUAGUAAAGAUUUUUUUCUUUUAGUUUCUUUUUUGUUUUCUUUUGCUUCGCCUUUAUAUUAACAUUUUUGUGCACACAAGCUUAUAGGUCAAUGAAAUUCAUAUUCUUUCA